UUCAAGUCUCCUCAGCUUCUUUUGAGAAGACAGCGAACUGUCACCUUUUUCUUCUUCUUCUUCUUAUUUUUCUUCUCCUUCUUUCUGUAAUGGCUUUCAAGCUCUCUCUUCUUCAGCAUUACUGAGAGUGAGAGAGAGACUGAGGAAGAGAUAUUCAGAUACCCAAGUGCAUGCAAUGGAGUUUGAUCUGGAGAACCCAUUAACAUCGUCCCAAGACCUCCACUCUCAUGCAGUUGCUUCGCUUUUUCAAGCAGAAAAUCAUCACAUGCCCUCCAUUGACUACUGUGGAAGUCUAGACUCUGUAGAUUGUGAUGUUUCGUUUAGAAGACAGGCCAUCUCUUCCAUUUUGCAGAUGUCUAGCAGCUUUGACCCGUUUCUCUCGUAUCUCGCCAUUAAUUACCUCGAUCGGUUCUUAUCCAGGAGCGAAAUGCCGAUUUUGCAGAGUGAAAAGCCAUGGAUCCUUAGGCUUCUUGCUGUCUCUUGCGUUUCUCUGGCUGCAAAGAUGAAGAAAACAGAGUUUUCCCUCGCAGAUUUCCAGGGCGAAGGAGGCUUCAUCUUCGAUUCAGAGACGAUAAUGCGGAUGGAGAUUCUCGUUCUCGGAUCCUUGAAAUGGCGAAUGCGCUCAGUCACUCCCUUCUCCUUCAUCUCCUUCUUCAUCUCCUUAUUCAAACUCAAAGACCCGCCAUUGCUGGAAGCUCUCAAAGCUCGAGUCACAGAGAUCAUCCUCAAAUCCCAAAAGGAAAUCAAGCUUUUGCAGUUCAAGCCAUCCAUCAUCGCCUCAUCGACCCUCCUCUACGCCUGCCACGAGCUCUUCCCACUCCAAUUCCCGUGCUUCAUGACCGCAAUUUCCAAUUGUCCAUAUGUAAAUAAAGAAAACAUGCUGUGUUGCUACAGUGCAGUGAGGGAGAUGGAGAUAAAGGAGUUCGACAGCUUAUACGGCGUGGUUUCGAGCUCGAGCUCGCCGGUGAAUGUGCUGGACCGGCACUGCCUGAGCUCGGAGAGUGAGAAGAGCCACUCAAUGGGAGCAGAGAGCGACGUGAAGAGACGCAAAAUCAGUGUAUUUCUGUAAGGAUAACAGCGCUGAGGCCUCCUGAAUCAACAGCUAAUCGUUGGUCCACUGGACAACGACCUCGUUUGGAGGGUUCAAAGAACGAAAAGCAAAGAGAAGAAGAGGGAAAGAGAGAGAAAUGGAAAUGUCAUUAGACCAAAUCACUGUUGCAUGAUCUCUCAGUACGGCUUCUUUACUCUCCUGCCAGAAGGGAAAAAGCGAGGAGAGAGAGGAGAGAGAGGGAAAAUAGAGUUUAUUUCUUUUGUUUUCUUAGGAAUCAAACAAGGACGAUGCCUACCAGUGAGGUUCUUUUUGUUGUAUCUCUUAUUUUAGUGGGGAAAUAAUAGUUUUGAUAAUAAAAUAAUUUCCUUUUUGCAAAA